UUCAGUCCAUCCGAAACCUUUGUGACAAAAGUUUGGGGAUCGUAACUUGUUUUUUUUUGAACUUGUGUGCUUGGAACUUGAAUGAAAAUAUUUGUUAACUUUUGUGUUCGGGGUAGUUCGGUUUUAAAAAAGUGUGCUAAAUGUGUUUAAAAUCGAACGUAUGGAGUGUUGAUGAAAAUAUGCGUUUAUCUACAAUGUUUGGUGUACCAGUAAGGCUGCCGGGGGUGAGCGAUUGUGCCAGUGCCGGGCAGAACGCCCGGGUAACCUCCAAUCUGCACCCCACCAGCACUAUGGCGGUGAGCCGCGUGCCCAGUCCGCCACCCUUGGAAGUCAACACCCCCGUUGCAGAGAACUGGUGUUACACUCAGGUCAAAGUAGUAAAAUUUAGUUAUAUGUGGACCAUAAACAACUUUAGCUUUUGCCGAGAAGAGAUGGGUGAAGUUUUGAAAUCGUCCACGUUUUCUGCCGGUGCCAACGACAAACUCAAAUGGUGUUUGCGAGUUAACCCCAAAGGUCUAGACGAGGAAAGCAAGGACUAUCUGUCGCUGUAUCUGUUGUUAGUAUCGUGCAAUAAAAGCGAAGUUAGAGCAAAGUUCAAAUUCAGCAUACUGAACGCCAAAAGGGAGGAGACCAAGGCGAUGGAGAGCCAGAGGGCCUACAGAUUUGUCCAAGGGAAAGAUUGGGGCUUCAAAAAGUUCAUCAGGAGGGAUUUUUUAUUGGACGAGGCCAACGGCUUGCUACCUGACGAUAAACUAACGAUAUUUUGUGAGGUUAGUGUGGUAGCAGAUAGUGUAAAUAUUUCCGGUCAGUCCAACACGAUACAGUUCAAAGUGCCAGAGUGUCGGUUGUCUGACGACUUAGGACUAUUAUUCGAAAAUCAAAAAUUUAGUGACGUCACGUUAUCUGUGGCGGGUAGGGAGUUCCAAGCACACAAAGCAAUACUAGCAGCGCGAAGUCCUGUGUUUCAAGCGAUGUUCGAACACGAGAUGGAGGAACGAAAACACAAUAGGGUAGACAUAACGGACGUAGACCACGAAGUGUUACGCGAGAUGUUAAGGUUCAUUUACACGGGGAAGGCCUCGAAUUUAGAAAAAAUGGCCGACGACCUCCUGGCAGCAGCUGACAAGUAUGCACUGGAAAGGCUGAAAGUGAUGUGCGAGGAAGCAUUAUGUACAAAUUUGUCGAUAGACAACGCUGCCGAAAUAUUAAUUUUGGCCGACCUUCACAGCGCCGACCAGCUGAAAGCGCAAGCGAUAGAUUUUAUUAAUACGCACGCCACGGACGUGAUGGACACCCCCGGCUGGAAGUCGAUGAUCCAGACGCACCCCCACCUGAUAGCGGAGGCGUUUAGGGCGCUGGCCACGCAGCAGAUACCGCCCAUCGGACCGCCGCGCAAGCGCGUCAAGCAGAGCUGAAACGGCCUCCCGCCCAGAGAUGGCGGCAGCGCUGCGAGCAACGUCGCCGCGAACUGACUGUCUUAAACAUGUGUUCAAAUAGGGGGGGCGGAGCCGUGUUGCCACGCCCCUUUCUCCGAAUUUAAAAAAAAAAUAACGUAAAAUAGCGCGGAGAGCCGAAUAAGUAUCUCUCAAUUCUACGACCUAAAAUCACAUAACAAAUUCGCGCAGUAUUAAGAUCUAAGCAGUAGGUGUACUUUUGUCGGUUACUUGUUAAUUAUUUUGUUAUUGUUUCUUUUUUUUAAUAUUAAUGUCCGGUUAUGCAAACAUAGCUUAAACUCGAGUUCAAGUGAACUCAUAUACAGGGUGGUCCAAAUUGUUAUUGUCUUAAACGGCUUAGUUUCGGGGAUACAGGGUGUUGAAAUUUCAUUUUUAUUUUGAUUUUUUUCAUAUAAUUUUUGAACCAAUUUCGAUGAAAAUUGGCGUCUGGGUGUUUUUUGAUAUAAGAAAUUUGAUUUUGAUGUCAAUAUGACUCUUAGUUGUAUGGAGCGCCACCUACCUGUAUUUGUACUGUUUAAAGAGUAAUAACUUUUCGUCCGUUCCUGUAUUAAACUACUGAGUGAAAAAAGAUUUCCGCCGUUUUUUUACGUAAAAAGUUCAGGUAAUGGUUCUCGAGAUAUUUACAUAAAGAGAACCAAUUAUCAUCCAAUAUUGACGUUAGUUCAGAAAUUAUUUCGAAAAAAUCGAAAUAAAAAUGAAUUUUCUACACCCUGUAUCUUCGGUCAUAAAUUUCUAGGAACUUUUUACUUGCUUUUAUCUGCAGAAUACGCUGCCAAAGUUAUUCCAAUACAAUUCGGACCAACCUGUAUACAGUGUGGUCCAUUUCUGCGCCUUCAAAUCAAAGCUUCCUCGCUCAUUACUUUUGACUUUUCCAAUGCAUACUUCGUCGAUAGAAUUGCACAACUAAAGUCCCUAGAUAAUAUAGAAUACCCUAAUUCGGUCCAAUACUAUAAUCUGUCCAACGGUAGGAUCCCUGACAGUGACAGUUGUGUCUGUCAUUUUAUUCAACAAGCAAAUUAAAUUUUCUGUCAUUUUUUGGAUGUCUUUUGUCGAAAUCUUCCCCAAGUUAUAUAUGGUUGCUUUUUUUUACUGUCAGUAACGAUAAGUUUGCCUACUGCUUAGAUCUUUUGUAUUGUGAUAAAUCCCAAUAGAAAAGAAUAACGGACUUGUACUAUAUAUUGAUUGCCUAAAAGCCUCCUCAAAUCCCUUCCGUAAAUUAAGUUUGAUAGAAUGUGAUAUACGAUGUUUAUUUGCACGUUCGGAAUAUUUCUGACGCGUAUACAGGGUGUUGGGUUUUAGCCAAAUAACCAUCUCUAAAAAACUUUUAUAAUUUAAAAUGUUUUUUUUUCUUUAAAACCAAUAUUUAAGUUUAGUGUAUUGGCUGAAAUGUACGAACACCCUGUAGCUCAGUUCUCGUAAGUAAACGUCAUCGUUUUGGGUCUGUUUGAUGAAUAAUUGAGACAGUAAUAAAAUAGAGUACAAUUUUAAUCUUAAUAAAAAGUUUUGCAGUCCUGCCUACUGUCACUGAUCAUCAAAUAUUAAAAUUUUAGUUGAUUUUUUUAUUACAAUAGAAUAUUCGUCAACUAUAGUCUGUUCAUUGAAAGAGUAACGAUAGAGAUGGUUCUCUCACUGGGCAGACUGUAUACACCGAAACGAGGCGUUUUAAGUGAGACACCUGGUAUAUUUCCUGUGUUAAUAUUAAUUAUUAAUUGUCGAAAAAUCGAAAUACGUCGCGUCGUUCUAAUUUGACAGUUGUUAAUUUCGUUUUCGUUUUUGCGAUACAAGAAAAAAAAAA